CGGCAGAGGAGCGCGCUCGCAGACCCGCGGCCAGGCCCGCGCACUUCGCGGGACCCGCCGGGGCUGGAAGGGAUGCGGCCCGGGGGCACCGCCGGCCUCCCUCCGCGCCCUCCUGCCGGGGACGGCGCCGGCCGCACGCCCCUGGGGAUGCGGGCAGGGCAUGGGGCGGCGCCCGGCCCGGCAUUGCGCUAACUCUGUUUCCUCUUGUUUUGUUCCCGCUGUUUUCCAAGGCAUUGUCUGAACCUGUGAGAUAAGGAACCUUAAGAACAAGUAAUGAUGUAUAGCUCUUAACCUCAUGGAACGCCGGUCACCUGAUGAGCCAAACCAGCCAAACAACUAAAGAUAGUCAAGGCGAGUUCUUGAAACUAAAGAAGACCCAUCUCAAAGCAUAAGUGAGGUUUCUGAUUGUAUUCAAAGAUGACAACAGGAUCAAAGAAAUCCACAGCUCAGAAUUUUCCAGAGAAUGAAGGACUUCUAAUAGUGAAGGUGGAAGAGGAAGAGUUUAUCUCAAAGCAGGACACUUGCUUACAGAAAAGCGAUCCCCUCAAGCAGGAGCUUGCCCGGCAACUUUUUAGGCAGUUCUGCUACCAGGAUUCCACCAGCCCCCACGAGGCGCUGGCCCGGCUCCAUGAGCUCUGCAGACAGUGGCUGCGGCCCGAGGCCCACAGCAAGGAGCAGAUCCUGGAGCUGCUGGUGCUGGAGCAGUUCCUGAGCAUCCUGCCCCGGGAGCUGCGUGCCUGGGUGCACGAGCGGCACCCCGAGAGCGGGGAGGAGGCGGUGACUGCGCUGGAGGAGCUGGAGAGAGGCACUGAUGAAGCUGUUCUCCAGGUUCCAGCCCACGAGCAUGGACAGGAAAUACUUGGGAAGAAAGUGUCACCUGGACCAGCACUUGGUGUCCCGCUCCAGCCAGUGGAGACCGGAGUCCAUUGUGGUUCAUUAGAACCCCCGCUCCUAAGAGGCUGUGAUGAUGAGAGUGAAAACAGCAGAUCUGUGCCAAAACUGGACACUCAUGAAAAAAUGAAAUCACAGAGAAUUAUGUCAGGAAGAACCUCAGGACACACGUCAGAAGGAUCUGAUGAGCCUCCAGCCGCCUCUGCAUUUGCCUACAGGGUUAAGAGGCAAAGGGAGAAUAAACCCGGGGAGUCUGGAAUCCCUGCUCAGGGUGGAGGUUUUGGUAAAAUCCUCACCCACAAAAAUGGACUCACAGGGAAAGCAGUAAGACGUGACAGAUAUGAAAGAAGCCUGAAUCUGAACUCAGAUGAAUUCACACACCAGGAAUCUUGUAGACGUGGCACCUCUGAUCAGAGCUUCACAUGGAAUUCAGAUUUUAUUAAGCAUCAAAGAAAUUGUGCUGGAGAAAAAAUUCACCAAUUUGAAAAAUCUUUCAAGAACUCAAACUUCAUUAAACAUGUAGCAGUUUUCAGUGGAGAGAAAACCCAUCAGUGUAAUGAGUGUGGGAAAGCUUUCAGACACAGCUCAAAGCUCGUAAGGCAUCAGAGAAUCCACAGUGGGGAGAGACCCUAUGAAUGCAAUGAGUGCGGGAAAGGCUUUCGAGGAAGCUCAGAUCUCAUUAGACAUCAGCGAAUUCACACUGGAGAAAAACCCUUUGGCUGCAAAGAGUGUGGGAGAGCAUUCAGCCUGAACUCCCAUCUGAUCCUGCAUCAGAGAAUUCACACCAGAGAGAAGCCCUACGAAUGCAGUGAAUGUGGGAAAACCUUCCGAGUAAGCUCACAUCUGAUUCGACACCUGAGAGUCCACACUGGAGAGAGACCCUACAAGUGCAGUGAGUGUGGGAAAGCCUUCAGUCAGAGCUCACACCUUAGUCAACAUCAGAGAAUCCACAAGAGGGAAAACCUGUUAAUGAGAGAGCUCUUCCGCCAGCACUUCAGGGAGCUCUGCUACCGGGACGCGCCGGGGCCGCGCGAAGCCCUGGCCCAGCUCCGGGCGCUCUGCCGCCAGUGGCUCAGGCCGGAGAGCCAUACCAAAGAGCAGAUUCUGGACCUGCUGGUGCUGGAGCAGUUCCUGAGCAUUCUCCCCAGGGACCUGCGGGCCUGGGUGCAGGCGCACCACCCCGAGACUGGAGAGCAGGCGGUGACCGUUCUGGAAGAGCUGGAGAGAGAGCUCGAUGAACCCCAGAAGCAGAUCCCAGCCAGUUCAGAAAGAGAGGACAUAGUCCCGAACACGCCGGUCCUCGGGGAAAGGCCACGGGAGUUGCUGACUGUCCAGCUCCAACCCAAGGAGGCCCAGCUGCAGCAGGAAUGGGGGAAGCCACAUGGGAAUGGUGACAAAACCAGAACCAAGGGUACAGAGCUGUCCCAGGAGGAAGAAAGGCCCAGAGAUGUGGAUCUCUGUGGAGAGCUGGAGGACAAACCUCACGAAGGCUCUCUUCAGCAUCCAGAGUCCAGAGAUGUUGUCGGCAGUGAGGGUGGACUGAGACAGCAGCAGGGGGCGAGGAGACGCCAUGCAUGUGAUGAGUGUGGAAAGCACUUCAGUCACAGCUCAGACCUCAGUAAGCACAGGAGAACUCACACCGGAGAGAAGCCCUACAAGUGCGAGCAGUGUGGAAAAGCCUUCGUCCAGCGCUCACACCUCCUUGGACAUCACAGAGUACACACCGGAGUGAGACCCUACAAGUGCAGAGAGUGUGGGAAGGACUUCAGCGGGCGAACAGGCCUCAUUCAGCAUCAGAGGAUCCACACGGGCGAAAAACCCUACGAGUGUGACGAGUGUGGGAGGCCCUUCCGCGACACUCCUGGCCUGCUCAACGUCCACAACGUGCACGAGAGGUUCUACCCAGAGGUGCUCCAUGUGACCGGCACUGCCAGAACCUCUCCCUACCUCAGAAACGGCGCCAGGGUACCUAAGGUCGGCGGCAAUCAUGCCAAGAAGGGCGUCUCUCUGGACAGCCUUACCUCACUCACUGCUGAGGACUGGAAGAUGGUCCCUAAGUGGGACUUGCCUACGGAGCCUACAUGUCUGCGGCUUUCCUCUUCCCUGCACUCCACGCUGCUGUUGCUGCCCUCCCACUGCCCUCACUCCCGCCACAGUGGACGCCGCAUCCUGACCCACACCUGCUGCCAGUACAGUGGCCACAAGGAAAUGGCUACAGAGUCAAGAAAGCCUCCUGCUCCAUUGCCACCAGACCAGGCUCCUGAAGAGGACCUCGUCAUUGUCAAGGUAGAGGAGGAUCAUGGUUGGGAUCAUGAAUCCAGCCUACGUGAGAGCAGCCCUCCUGGCCAAGAGCUCUUCCGCCUGCGCUUCAGGCAGCUAUGCUACCAGGAGACGCUGGGGCCCCGGGAGGCCCUCAUCCAGCUGCGGGCGCUCUGCCAUCAGUGGCUGCGGCCAGAUGUGAACAGCAAGGAGCAAAUCCUGGAGCUCUUGGUGCUGGAGCAGUUCCUGAGCAUCCUUCCCGGGGAGCUGCGGGCUCUGGUCAGGGAGCAUCAGCUGGAGGACGGAGAGGAGGUGGUGACCCUGUUGGAGGACUUGGAGAGGCAGAUCGAUAUCCUGGGCCGGCCAGUCCCAGCUCGUGCGCAUGGACACAGGGUGCUCUGGGAGGAGGUGGUGCGUUCAGAAUCUACGCCAGAGCCUCCGAGUGCUCAACCCCAGCCAGCAACCACCCAGCAUAUGUCCCCAGCACCACACGGGCCACCAGAGAGAGCCACAUCUGCUUCUCAGAGUCCUUCUUCCCAGAAAGGAAGUUCCGGAGACCAGGAGAUGACCACCACACUCCUCACAGCGGGGCUCCAGACUUUGGAGAAGAUCGAAGACAUGGCUGUGUCCCUUAUUCGAGAGGAGUGGCUUCUUGACCCAUCACAGAAGGAUUUGAGCAGAAAUAACAUGCCAGAGAGUUUCAGAAGCAUGUUCUCCCUGGGUGCUGAGACUAAGAAUGAAGACAGGGAAUUAACUUCAAAACAAGUAAUAUCCACUAGAAUCCAGCCACUCGGAGAGACAGCUGCCAAAUGCAAUGGGGAUGUUAUCAGGGGCCUUGAGGACAGAGAAGCCCGAGACCUGCUGGGCAGGUUAGAGAGGCAGCGUGGAAAUCCCACACAAGAGAGAAGACAUAAGUGUGACGAAUGUGGAAAAAGCUUUGCUCAAAGCUCAGGCCUUGUUCGUCACUGGAGAAUCCACACAGGAGAGAAACCCUAUCAGUGUAAUGUGUGUGGGAAAGCCUUCAGCUAUCGCUCAGCUCUUCUCUCCCACCAGGAUAUCCACAACAAGGUGAAGCGCUACCACUGUAAGGAGUGUGGGAAAGCCUUCAGCCAAAACACAGGCCUGAUCCUACACCAGAGGAUCCACACUGGAGAGAAGCCAUACCAAUGUAGUCAGUGUGGGAAGGCCUUCAGCCAGAGCGCGGGCCUCAUUCUGCACAAGAGAAUCCACAGUGGGGAGAGACCCUAUGAGUGUAAUGAGUGUGGGAAAGCUUUCAGCCACAGCUCACACCUCAUUGGACAUCAGAGAAUCCACACAGGGGAAAAGCCCUAUGAGUGCGAUGAGUGUGGGAAAACCUUCAGGCGAAGCUCACACCUCAUUGGCCAUCAGAGAAGCCACACUGGGGAGAAACCCUACAAAUGCAGUGAGUGCGGAAGGGCCUUCAGUCAGAAGUCAGGCCUUAUUGAACAUCAGAGAAUCCACACUGGAGAGAGACCCUACAAAUGUAAAGAGUGUGGGAAAGCUUUUAAUGGGAACACUGGCCUCAUCCAGCACCUGAGAAUCCACACAGGGGAGAAGCCCUACCAGUGUAAUGAGUGUGGGAAAGCCUUCAUUCAGAGGUCCAGUCUCAUCCGACACCAGAGGAUCCAUAGUGGAGAGAAACGGUAUAAGUGCAGUGAGUGUGGGAAGAAGUUUGCUCAGAGUUCAGGCCUGGUUCGACAUCGGAGAAUCCACACUGGAGAGAAACCGUAUGAGUGUGAUCACUGUGGAAAAGCCUUCAGUGUGCGUUCAACCCUCACUGUGCAUGAAAGGAUUCACACUGGAGAGAAGCCCUACACCUGCAAUGAGUGCAAGAGAACCUUCAGUGUGAGGGCACACCUGGUCACACACCAUAGAGUCCACAAUGGGGAGAGACCCUACAACUGUAACGAGUGUGGCAAAGCAUUUAGUGUGAGUUCAGACCUCAUUAAACAGGGAGUCCACACUGGUGAGAAGCCCUAUGAGUGUGACGAGUGUGGGAAAGCUUUCAUUGUGAGCUCAGCCCUCAUCAAACAUCAGCGAAUCCACACGGGAGAGAAGCCCUAUGAGUGUAAGUGUGGGAAGGCCUUCUAUGUGAACUCGGCCCUCAUUAACCACCAGAGGAUUCACUCUGGGGAAAAGCCCUAUGAGUGUGGGGAGUGUGAAAAAGCAUUCAGCCAGAUCUCAACCCUUAUUCAUCACCAGAGAAUUCAUACUGGAGAGAAACCGUAUGAGUGUGACGAGUGUGGGAAAGCCUUUCGCGGGAGCUCUAAUCUUACUAAACACCAGAAAGUACACGACCAAGGAAGGCGUCAUCAGUGACGUAUGGCCGAGGUAUACCAAAGGCUCCCCGUUGCAUCAGAAGUUACCGUGGAGAGGAGAAUGUGGGCAACAUCAAUGCCUUCACUGACACUCCCCCUUAAAAUACUGAAGUGAGAAGUCACUGAU